AUGCAUGAAAUUAUUACUAUCGAUUCCAAAGAUUCUGGUAAACGUUUAGAAAAGUUUGUAUGUGAUAAUUUUCGUAGUUUAGUACUUUCGAAACACCUUUGUAAACAGUGUAUUAAACGUGGUGAAAUACUUGUUAAUGAAAAACCAGUUGAAGCUUCUCGUUUACUUAAAAAGGGUGACAAGGUACAAUUAAAAAUAAAUGAAAGUGCAUUACAAAAAGAUAGACUUAAAUUAUCUGUAAAUAUAAAUUUUGAAGACGAAUAUCUUGCUGUCAUUAUUAAAGAGCCAGGUAUUCAUAUGCAUGGCUUACAUAAAAGUUUACCAUUUAUACUAGACAACCAAAAUGUAUUGUUGAGAGAUUAUAAGUGCAUAAAUCAAUUGCAACGAGCUAUUACUGGUUUAGUUAUUGUUUCUAAAACAAAAGAAGUAACAGAUAAACUUGCUAAUAUGUUAAAAGAUGGCACUAUUAAACAGAUGCCACCGCCACCAUUUACAAUACAAACGAUAGAAGUUACUCGAAGCUCAUCAAGCGAAGAAAAAUAUAUAUCAACUUUAAAUAUUAUAAUAGAUGAUCGAAAAGUUGGAUCUAAUUAUAUAAGUAUUAGAGAAUAUUUCAUGAAAAUUGGCCAUCCAAUCGUUGGAUCAAAUUCUUAUUCAAAGCAAUUAAAGUCAUGUAAAGAUAAAGGAAUGAUGAUGGCAUUAUUAGAAGUGUCAUUUUUACAUCCUGUUAUAAGCCAGAAAGAAAUAAAAAUCACUAUUCCUGAGCCGACAAAACUUCAAAAACAAGAGAAAAAAAUUUCUGAAUUGAAUCGGUAUGGAAUUACAGAACCUAUUGAUAACUUGAAAGAAAUACCUGUUGCCUAUAUUACAGGAGAAAAGGAAUUUUUUAAAUUGAGAUUCUCAAUAACCAAAGAUGUUAUGAUCCCAAGACCUUCAACAGAAUUCCUUGUUCAAACUGCACUGGAACUACACCAUCGUCAUCAUCGUAAGAGCAAUAGUAAUGAUACAAAUCCUUUUUCCAAGUCAUUUUCAAUAAUUGAUGUUGGAACAGGAUCAGGAUGUAUUUUAAUUUCAAUAUUGCACUCGAUCAUAUCAUCUUCAGAUAAUCAACAAGAGGAAAGAGAAGAAAUAUAUGGUUUAGGAGUAGAUAUUAAUUUAAAUGUUUUAAAUGUUGCUAAAGAAAAUUCCAAAAAACUAUUAAAUCCUUUAAUUGAUAAUAGCAAAACUAGCAUCAUGUUGGAAUAUGAUUUUCAACAAUUGGAUUUACAAUAUUUGCAUGAAAACUCGACAUUAUUUAAUAAAAAAUUUAAUUUAUUAGUUUGCAAUCCACCAUAUCUUGAUAUCUCACGACCUCUCUCUAGUGAUGACGAUCGUUGUCUAGAACCAUCUGAAGCUUUAUUUGCAGAAGAAUCAGGAUUUAAAAUGUAUCGACUACUUCAUCAAUCUAUAGAACUGUCAUUUGAAAAAAAUAUUUUCUAUGAUGGAACUUUUUUGGUUUUGGAGGUUGGUAUUAAAAUGGCUAAAAAUGUGAAAGAAAUAUUCAAAGGAUGGAAAUGUAUAAAAGUUGUAAAAGAUAAACAAGGAACUGAAAGAUGCUUGGUAUUUUCUAGAAAUAGUUAA